GCCCAGAGAGGAUGACUUGACGUGGUAGCCAUCAAUACCCAGCCAUGGAUCUUACCAGGAAUAAGAGGCUACGGCUACCUACGUGCCAUGUUGUCAGGUACCCCGCAAGCAAGCAAGCAAGCGUGGAGCUUCAGCUUCCCGGAGCUUUCCAUACUAGUACCCUAUCAGUUGUAUCAACGAUGGCAUAUAGGGUGAAAUAUCUGGGCAUUACCUAUGCGUUCCUCGUAUAUUCCGAGUAUUCCGAAUAUUCCAAGUCGUCGUCCUCUAUUCAUCACUAGAAUUUCAACAUAACGAAAAGGUACAAUAUGACAGGCUUUCGACACAUAACGGCAGCGUUGGCUUUCGCUUCACCUAUCUUAGUAUAUGGCCUCUACCAGAACGGUUCGAUUAUCUCACCCUGCGACUCGCCCUUAUACUGCCAGGGCGAUGUUUUAAGGCAGAUCGAGCUUGCUCAACCCUUUUCCGACUCUAAGACAUUCGUAGACUUACCAACGAAAGCACCCUUAGACGAUGUUCUUGCCGCGUUCAGUAAACUUUCCAAGCCGAUCAGCAACAACACCGAGCUUAACAACUUUCUAUCUACCUAUUUUGGCGAGGCUGGGUCUGAGUUGGCCCAAGUUCCCCGAGACCAGUUAGAGACCAAUCCUGCUUUCCUAGACAAGAUUGAUGAUUCUGUGAUUAAACAAUUCGUACAUAAGGUCAUUGACAUCUGGCCCGAUUUGACUCGGAUAUACGUGGGCGCUGCGAAUUGUACAGGAUGCGUGGAUAGCUUUAUUCCGAUCAACCGCACAUUUGUCGUUGCUGGGGGUCGAUUUAGAGAGCCUUAUUAUUGGGACUCUUUCUGGAUCAUCGAGGGUUUGUUGAGGACCGGUGGCAGCUUCACCCAGAUUUCCAGGAACAUAAUUGAGAACUUUUUGGACCUCGUCGACCAAUUCGGAUUUGUACCCAAUGGUGCACGUGUAUAUUAUAUGAAUCGUUCCCAACCGCCGCUCUUGACACAGAUGGUCAAGAUUUAUGUUGAAUAUACUAAUGACACGAGCCUUAUCGAGCGUGCUUUACCUCUAUUAAUUAAAGAACAUAAUUUCUGGACAGAGAACCGUACCAUAGCGAUCCAGUCGGGCAACAGGACUUUCCAUCUGACGCAUUACGGGGUCCAGAAUACUGAACCACGACCAGAAUCAUACCGCGAAGAUUACAUUACGGCUAAUAACAACUCCUACUACUCAAGCUCCGGUAUCAUCUACCCAGAGACGCACGCUUUAAAUGACAGCGAGAAAGCUGAACUAUACGCCAACCUUGCUUCUGGUGCCGAAUCGGGUUGGGAUUAUAACUCCCGUUGGAUUGCCACGCCAUCUGAUGCUGCUAGUGAUGUGUACUUCCCACUGCGCUCCCUUAACACCGCAAACGUCAUAGGAGUCGACCUAAACUCGAUACUGUACGCCAAUGAGAUGACUAUUGCAGCUUACUUAAACAAGGCUGGAAAUGGUUCGUUGGCCGCGGAAUUCGAAGAGAUGGCUAAGAAUCGUUCGGUGGCCAUGUAUUCGCUAAUGUGGAACGGCAAAUACAUGAGCUAUUUUGAUUACAACUUAACCUCCGGAUCACAAAACGUAUAUGUGCCGUCAGAUUCAGAUGCCACACCAGCGCAAAGGGGAGAUGCUCCAGAGGGAUACCAAGUCUUUUUCCAUAUCGCACAAUUUUAUCCUUUCUGGCUAGGUGCAGCCCCUGAACAACUCAGGGAUAACCCUCUAGCCGUUAAACUUGCAUUUCGGCGUGUUCAUGAUCUUCUCUCCCAGAAGGCUGGCGCUGUGGCCGCAACGAAUUAUAUGACCGGCCAGCAGUGGGAUCAGCCGAAUGUCUGGCCACCGCUAAUGUACGUGCUUAUGAAAGGUCUUCUCGAAACACCUGCGACUUUUGGUCUAGAGGAUCCCUCCUACGUCGCGACGCAAGAUCUAUCCCUCAAAUUAGCGCAACGGUACUUGGACAGUACGUUCUGUACGUGGCGUGCAACCGGUGGCUCUACGGACGAAACCCCUCAAUUAGAGGGAUUUGGUCCUAGGGAUACCGGGAUUAUGUUCGAAAAGUAUGCUGACAAUUCGACGAACGUCGCCGGUGGAGGAGGCGAAUAUGAAGUUGUUGAAGGGUUCGGCUGGACAAAUGGCGUGCUCAUAUGGGCGGUCGAUACAUUCGCUAAUAAGUUAGAGAGGCCAGAUUGCGGAAACCUAACGGCGGCGAAUAUGGAUAAGAAGAGAGGCACCAUCGGCCAGCGAGCGGUCGAGUUAGCUCCCCAUGAUGCACGGUGGGUAACUAAAUUUGGGCGGGCAGCGCAAAGGAAUUAAUGAGAAAUCCCCAGUGUCCAUAUUAGGACUGAAACAACCGUAGCAUGCAGCAGCAGUAGCUUCGACGUUUGAUUUGGUAAUUACUUGGCCCCUCGACAAUAUACUCUGUAUGUCGCAUAGCUAGGUUGCCUUAAUCAUGCUGUUGCAUAGGUUUAACUCAUAUUGGUGUCUUCCUUUUAUCUGUUAGAAUUAGCCUGUUAUUAUAAUUCAUGUACAAUACACUGCGGAUAGAUCCAU